GCUAUCUCCUGGUGGUGCAUCCCAUCUCGCUCAUAUUCACCUUUAUCCAGAUGACGCUGACGCUGCUGCUGCUCAAUCCCCGCUUCUCCAGCUCCUCCAAGUUUCUGCUAACCGUGCUUCUGUGGUCCCUGCCCACCUUCCUGCUGUCUCUGCUGUCCUUUCUCGUCGACCUCAUUCUGUUCAUUCCGCACCUCGAAUGGUGCGGCUGGACAAUCCUGAUGUCUGCGCUGUGCAGUGCCAUUUGCGGCACGAUGCUGUGCAUCACACGGAGGACCAUCACGUCACGUGAGGAGUAUUUGUUGCUCGAUAACCGCAUGGGCAAUAUGUACCGUCUCGAUGACCUCCACAAGGACUCCAGCCAGUCGGUGAUAUCCACAUUGGCUCCCACGCUGCUGCGCUCGCGAGCCUCGAGCUCAAUGUACACCCAGGACCCCGACAUGCUCAGCGACGACGAGCUUGUCUCGAUCGACUCCGACCGACGCGUCGAUCUGCGCUCCAACGUGUCAUGACGAAAAAUAUUUAGCUUGUUCGAUAUAUAUACAGUAAUGAGACUGAUCCCGCUUGUU